AUGGGGGGUGCUGCUUCUGGAGGUGCUGAGCCGGGUGGUGCUGCUUCUGCUGGUGGUCUUCCAGGAGCCUCGCCGCAGCGGUCUCCCCAGCGUGAGCCCCUCUCACCACAGCAGCUGCGCGAGUGGCUUGCCCGGCGCACCCGCCUAAGGAGUGGCACUGGAGCUGGAGGUGCUGGAGCUGGAGGCACUGGAGCUGGAGGCACUAACGCUGGAGCUACUGGAGCUGGAGGUGCUGGCGCUGGAGGCGCUGGAGCUGGAGGCUCUGGAGCUGGAGCUGCUGGUCCUGGAGGUGCUCGUACUGGAGGUACUGGAGCUACCGGAGCUAGUGGUGCUGCUGGUACUGGAGGUGCUGGUGGUGCUGGCACUGCUGGUCCCGGAGGUGCUCGUACUGGAGGUGCUGGAGCUGGAGGCCCUGGAGCUGCUAGUCCUGGAGGUGCUAUAGUGGCGCUGCUGGAGCUGGAGGCCCUGCCGCUGGAGGCGCUGGCGCUGGAGGCACUGGAGCUGGAGCUGCUGGUCUUGGAGGUGCUCGUACUAGAGGUACUGGAGCUGCCGGAGCUGGUGGUGCUGCUGGUGCUGGAGGUGCUGGUGGUGCUGGCACUGCUGGUCCCGGAGGUGCUCGUACUGGAGGUGCUGGAGCUGCCGGAGCUGGUGGUGCUGCGGGCUCUGGAGCUGGAGGCACUGGAGCUGGAGGCGCUAGAGCUAGUGACCUGGGAGCUGGAGGACCUGGAGCUGGGGGCGCUGGAGCUGGAGGCGUUGGAGCUGGAGGCGCUGGAGCUGGAGGUCCUAACGCUGGAGGCGCUGGAGCUGGAGGCACUGGCGCUGGAGGCACUGGAGCUGGAGGUGCUGGAGCUGGAGGUACUGGAGCUGGAGGCCCUGUGCAGCAGCGACCACUCACCACUGCCCGCCCCCCCUCCUUACACAGAGCAGCCGGUCUCCCUCACAGAGCGUCGUGAGCCUGCGUCUCGUCCUGCCUCCCCUGUUCGCACUGUUCGCCGUGCUCGUCGUGUCCCUCGUCCGCGUCCUCCUCCUGUGCCAGGUACUCACACUAUGGCACUUCGUCCUUCCUCUAUUCCACAGCGUGUCCCCCUGCUGUCUCCUUCUGCGUCCUCUCUUCCUGACGUUCCGGACCCUGAGUCUGACUUGGUUCGUGCUGCUAGUCCCACUGUCACGCGUCUCCUCGCUACUGUCGUUACUGACCCGUCGUUUGAGUCUACUGUUGCGUCUGCCUUAGUUGCUGAGCUUGUGGACUUUGCUGCUGCGUGUCGUCUAGACUACGCCACUAGUCUUGUUGCUGAGUCUGAGUCUUUCUGUCCUCCGUCCGUCGGGGGAGACCCGGAUGCACUGGACAUCCCAACCCCGCGCUCUUACGCAGAGGCGAUCACGGGUCCCUACUCCUCUCAGUGGCAGACAGCCAUGGACGCAGAGGUGGCAUCCUGGAAGUCCACAGGCACCUACGUCGACGAGGUUCCCCCUCCUGGGGCGAACAUUAUCAAUGGCAUGUGGAUUUUCAGGGUGAAGCGACCGCUGGGUUCCCCACCUGUCGACAAGGCUCGUUACGUUGCUCGAGGCUUCAGUCAGCGAGAGGGAGUUGACUUCUUCCAGACCUUCUCCCCCACCCCGAAGAUGACCACUCUUCGGGGCAGCCUGCACGAGGAGAUCUGGCUGUGCCGCCCACCUGGCUUCACUAGGUCGUUCCCUCCUGGUACCCAGUGGAGCCUCAGGCGGCCAGUCUACGGUCUCCGCCAGACGCCUCGUGAGUGGCACGACACACUGAGGACGACUCUUGCGGCACUUGGGUUUGCUCCUUCCACCGCUGACCCGUCGCUGUUUCUACGCACCGACACCUCGCUGCCGCCGUUCUACAUCCUCGUGUACGUCAACGACUUGGUUUUUGCCACUGCUGACACUGAGGCACUCACCCUUGUGAAGUCGGAGCUGCAGAAGAGACACACCUGCACAGACCUGGGUGAGUUGCGCAGCUACCUUGGCUUGUAG